CUAAGACUGAUCAUAAAAACAAAAGAAGAAAAGAAUGUUCUCCUUGAAGAAGAAGUUGAGGAACUAGAAAAUUAUGUGAAGAAAGUUCAGGACGACUCCCGUCGCCGAGAGAUGGAACUACUUUCUGAGAUGGACUUAAUACACGGCAAAAACGAGAUCCUAAACAAUCUUUUGGAAAUCGUCAAAGAUCGUGCGGAAGCGGCUGAAGACGAACUUGAACGACUGAUUACGGAAAUUAACGAUAAUCAAGACGGUUCGUCUGUUUCGUCAGAGAAAAGUGCCGAAAGCUCUGCUCCAAGCCCAGUCUCCACCGGAAGUGACGAUGUUUUCGAUGGAUCUCCUGCCGAGAAAACGCAAAUUGCAGCAUUUUGGGAGGAACAAUUUAAGAAACGUAUUCGAUCAUUAGAAACCCUCCUAGCUGAAGAGCGUAAAAAGUCCUCUUCCUUAGAAAAGAAACUGGAAUUCACAGGAAGUGACGUAAUCUCGUCCGCCAUGUCCGAUGACGCCAAGUUACACAUGCGCGAGAAGGAACUGCUUCAGUCAGAGCUUCAAGAAAGUCAGAAACAUGCCGUUAUAGCAAACGAUCAGAUCCGAAGCCUGACGGAGAAGCUGAAGAAAGUAGAAACAGAGAAAUGGAGGUCUCCGAAACUUUCCCGGAAACCCCAAGACUCGUCUUCGUCCGAAGACAGCUCAUCUGAUGGCAAACAGGGUUCAUUUUGCCGCACGUGUUCAGAACUCCAGUCUGUGAAGGACCAACUUUGUGAGGAACUUAUUAAAUUUAAAUCCAAGGCUGAGGAGUUAGAGGUCAAAAUAGAAGAUGUCAACGAGAUUUGGAUAUCCAAGAGUGCGGCAUCGGAACGGGAGAAACAGUCCCUGGAACAGAAAUUAGCUCAGCGAACACAGGAUUGUAAGCGUUUAGAUGAACAAAUAAACAAACUUCGAGAAGAGGACCGGAUGAAGGACAUCUUCAUGAAGGAAAGAGAUAACGCUCUGAAGGAUAAAUCAGCUCAGAUAACAAGAAAAGAUGAAAUAAUAACUGAACAGGAAGAGAUCAUUCGUCAACGAGAGGAGGACUUGCAAUCAUUAUUUGAUCAAAUAUCUCAGAGAGAAAAGGUCAUCAAAGACCUCACGGAAUCCACGCGCUUCCGCGAAGAACAGCUGAAGGAGAAAGAUGAACUAUUGAGACAACUCAGUUCAAACAUUGAAGAAAAAAGUGAAGAGUUACAUUACUUGGAAGAAGAGGUACAUGAAGCUGUACUGAAAAGGAAGCAAAGUGAAACAAGAAUUGCCGAACUGCAAAAUAAAAUUGAUGAAACAUUAAAGGGAGAGAAGUCCGAACUGGAGACUGAAAAUGAACGACUACAGUCGGAUAUAGAAAAUUUAAUGGGCAAUAUUACGGAGCUUCAUACUGAUAAAGUGACGUUACAGAAUGAGUUAGAUAAAGCUAAACAUGCUUUAAGUGAAGCCAUGCUUAUGUGGGAAAGAGAUAGAUCGUCUUUAGGGAAAGAACUGAACAUUGCAAGGGAGAAAAUGAGUCUAAUGCUAGAAACGUCCGAAAAGAAAGAGUCCCAAGCGCUUCAGAUUCUGAGAAAGGAAGUCCAUGCGAUAUUAGAGACUCGAGAAAAACUUGCUCAUGAACUGCGAUUGAAUAAAAUGGAACACGAAAAUACAGUGCGGAUUUUGAAAACGGAGAAAUAUAAGCUAACAGAUGAGUUAACUUCUAAGAUAAGGAUGUUAACACAUGAGAUGAAUAAUAAUGAUAAAAUGUCAGAUGAACUAGCCAAACUGAGAGGGCAGGAUGAUAUAAAUUACCAACUUCACCAUCAUGAGAAGAUUCUCCGUGCGGAGUACAUGGCCAUGAAGGUCAGGUACGAGACCCAGCUAGACCGGCUACAGAAGGAGCACUUACAGCUGCAGGUUGUGGAGAGGCUCCAAAGGGCCAAAAACUUGGACCAAGAAAUUAUUGUGGGCAUUCAGAAAGGCAUGGCAAAUAUUCGAGAGAAUUAUUCUCAUGAUUUAUCACGGUGGAAAGAUGAACGAACGGUGCUUGAGAGUCAUAUAACACAGAUCGAGGAAGGAAAGGAAAUCGCUCAACAUCUUCGCGCCCAGAUCGAGGCUCUCAAACGUCAGCUGACAGAGCAGGAGGUGGAGCGAUCUGACCUAGUUAACAAAAUGACGUCAGAACGUAGAAACUGGGACAUAGAAAAUGCACAGCAUAUCAGCAAACAAAACCAGCUGGAAGAGCAGCUAGCUGUGUUUAUUCAAGCCCAGUCGAAGAGUAAAGAUGUCCAAUAUAACAUGGAAGUUGCAUGGGAGAAGGAACGCAAAGAACAGAAACGCCUUUUGAAUGAGGCGCACGCAUUGGCCAUGGACCUUCAGGAACAACUUUCACGGCGUGACGAAGAAAACGCCAGAGAGAAGAAGAAUCUUCUUGAACAGUUGGAGAAACAAAGAAAGGAUUAUGAAAAUCAAAAGAUCAACUCCGAUAAAAUGACCCUAGAGGUAAACACUGGGGAAACUAAGUUAAAACACGCAGAGAAGCAAGUAGAAGAAUUGAAAGAGAAACACAAAAAGGAACAAGAUUUUUGGAUGAAGGAGAAAGGAGACCUCCUGCGACGAUUGGCGGAGAUGAGGAAGCUUCAUUUACGUGACGUUCAUCGUAUAGAUGACGUCCUUGCUGCGCUUAAACGUCUUCGUGAGCUUGCUGCCAUUGUUAUUGAAUCUGAUAACUCAGCCAUGUUACCGAGUAACGGAAAUGACGUCAGUGGUACUUCUGGUGAUGCAUCAGCUGCGUCUGCAUCCAUACAUGCAGGCGAGAAUGAGGGGGAAAUGGCGGAUCUAAAACAAAAUAUAGAUCAGGUCAUUCUCAAAUAUGUAAAGGAGUCCCUCCGACAAAUUCAUUUCCUUGCUGAAGAGCUUGCAAGACCUUCUACUGAUCUAUCACGGGAAGAUAAACAAAAACUGAGAAGAAGCUUGUCAAGCUCUGAAAUAGAACUUUUGAAGGACGAAUUCUUGCUCGGACCACAGGAUUCUGGUCCACGAAUUAUCAGUCACCACGAGACUAUACCGGAAGUGAAAUCACAGGACAUCAGCCAGGAACUUCCGGUGGUUCAUCGUCAGCAAACGCAUGACGGUACAAUGAAAUCUGAAUACGGUAAACCAGACUUUAUUGAAAAUGUGCUCAUGGAACAAUCUUCAUUUUACAAUGAUGAUAAAGAUUCAAGAAUAGAAGUACACCGAAUCAAAACAACAAGGGACGUAACUCGCGUUGAAACAAAAGUAACUUCCCUUCCUAAACCGCCUCCUAGCUUUAUCAUUCCGCGUUCACGAAGCACAAGCCCUGCCCCAACGUCGUUGUCGAAAUCAAAACACACCACCAAGCCUGUGUUGAAAAGCAUGAGUUUAGAGUCCUCCCAUUCUCACAGACUGUCUGCGCCGGUAACCGGUGCAAGUUCAAGAAGUUCCUCGUCUGAUUCAUCCCCAGUUGGCACUUAUAGUUUCAUUCCGUCACAAAAUGGUUACGGUUUGUACGGAAAUGGAGGACUUCAAUCCGGGAGUUUAGACAGACUUUCUCCUAACACCGCAAGGAAAAGGUUCUUUGAAUCCCAACAACCUAGUACAUCGGAAUGUUUCAUGUCAUGGCCGGAGAGAAGAAAGCGGGAAUUAAACCCAAAUAGAAAUAGUAGAAGCUUAACGGGAUCAACCGAAUUGUUCAUAUCCGAAAGUGGGGACGAAAUCAGUGGUAAUGGACGAUUGCGAAAUUCAGUGUCCAUGGACGAUGGCGCCAUUACUGUUGAAACUUCUCAUGAUUCUGUGGCAAAUUCAAAACGCUCUCGAAGUGCCGAAAACACGUCAAAACACUCAGGUUUCAGAGACUUAUUCAACGCUAUGAAAAAGCGUUUGAAACCGAAAAUAAAACGCUCACAAAGUGCUCGCGAGCACGACAAAGUUCAUAGACUACAAGCAGUUAAAGAAAAUGAGAAAGUUGAAAAUUGUGAAAGUUCAAAUUCAAGCGCGCAAAAGUCAAGUGAAAAUAAAGAAGCAGACGACCAUGAAAUAAAUGUAGGUCAAGACGUUGAACACGUGACCCAGGAUCAGCUGACGCCAAUUUUGAUACCAGACGAUAAUGAAGGUACAAGCAAGAAAAGUAAAGAAGACUUGAGUGCAGGGGCCGAAAGGAAAAGCAGGACGGAUAGUAAAGGCAAAAAGUCACGAUCGCGAUCUCCGGGGGAGAAGGACGAUGCUCACGGGUCACAGUCGACGCUUCAACGAAUCAAAAAUCGUUUCCGGUCCAAGUCAGCUGACAGAGCACGUGACCACCACGAAACUCACGUGACACCUAUUCUCGUUGGUCAUUCGACAAGCGGGCAAGAUGAUGACCCCUCAUUGCAACAAUACAGCGAGACUUGUGUCUGACAGAUGUGUUGAUAUUUGUACUAUGGCGUAUGUUUGUAUAUAUGCAAUAUGCUAAACAUUUGUGUAAACACAAAAUGAUUAUGUGCAAGUCAUG